AUGACACAACGUUUAACAUCAAUUACAGACAACGUCAAUUGGCAGUUAAAUGAGAAAAAUGAACCUCAACAAGGAGAAGUAUUAUCUCAUCAGUCAUUUGUUGAACUUGACGAGUUAUUUCAAUCAACAAAAAGAUCGUCGCAGAUUAGAUUUCAAAGCAAGAGUCUUGACGAUUUACAAUUACAUCGGCAAGCUCGUCGAAAACAAUUUCAUGAUCAUCACGUCUCCGAUACAGCACGAACAGAAAUGGAUUUAACUGGUAUUGGAUGUCAAGACGAGGAUCAAUUGGACAUGAAUGAAGAUGACGAAGACGACGACGAUGAUGAUCAUGAUGAUAAUUCUCAGCCACAACGAAGUCGCUCGGCCCCUGUGUCUCCAACACAAGUCUACGAUGCUGAAUUAGCUGCGUUUCUUCAAUGUGAACAACAACAACAACAACUAAUGGCUGAUUGUUUUGUUUAUAACAUGGAUCUUUCUGAUGCAAACGAAAAUUCCACUCAACAAUCGCAUUCUCGAACAGCCAUAUUCUUCGAUGAUGAUUAUUCCUUCGAAGAAACGUCUUAUGAACCAAUUGUGAAUAUCGUUCAUUCGUGUUUGCCAAUUACUGAAGAAAACGAAGAAGAACUCGAACAAUUACGACGUGAUGAUGAUGAAGAAGAACAAAAAAUUCGAAAUCAUUUAUUAAAAAUAAAUGAUGGGUCAAUACCAACUAUAACAUUACAUGAUAACGAUGAUCGAGCUGAUAUACUUGAGAAUGAUGAUGAUCAGAUAAACGAUAGUGAAGCUGAUGUUAUAAUUAUGAAUACUCCUAAUAAUUUCGAUUCCAAUCAAGAUAUUGAAAAACGUCUUUCAACUAUUUAUGAAUCUCCCAGUCCACAACCUCGAACAGAAGAAGAUGGUGACGAAGACAUCUACGAUGAAGCAUAUGAUAAAUUGAUAGUAUAUGAUAUAGCUCAUAUCGAGAAACCGACUAUUAUCAGUCCGAAAUCUGAGCCCAUUAAAUCACCGUGUUCAUCGUAUCGAUCGCCAACUAUUGAUCGAACUCGUAUACGUUCAUGCUAUACCGAUGCAUCAUUCAAACCCUGUUCAGUUUUUACGAAUACCGUGUCAGCUUCUCGUCUAUGCGGAACAUCUUCGAUCAUUAAUUCGAAAGUUUUCACUCCUCCGAUGAAUAAUGCCAAUGGAAAAACGUCUCUGUCGCCGGUGAGCAACACACAGAGUUGUUAUGUUAACAAAUCCCUUGCUUCUCUCCCAAUCGAUCAACAAUCUCCACCAAAAACCACUCCGAUGUCAUUAUCAGUUCCAAUCUUACUUCUACCAAGCACAAACGAACAAAGUACAUGCAUGAUUGAUAAUAACAAAUUAAUGCCAUCUCAGCAUAUCAAAACAAUGAAAGUAAUUCAAUCAACGUCAUCAAGUCUAUCGGAUUUUAUCAAUUCGACACCAGCAUCGGCUUUAAAUAAUACAAUACAUUAUGAAGAAGUUGGAAGUAUUCAUCAUUCGUUAACCGAUUGUUCAAUUACUCCGCAUAUACCAUGUUGUAUUCCAAGUGUUGAUCAUGAAUCGUCGACAAUAAAUAAAUCAAAUGAAGAAAGUCAACGACGGCCAUCAUUUACUCGACGAAUUCUUACCAAUGGGUUAUUAUUAUCUCAUUGUUCGAACCAACGACGUGCACAACCACCUUUGACAUUCAACAACCAACAUCGCUAUCAAACUAAACCAAAAAGUGAAGAGAAAUUAUCAACAUUGUCAUCACCGAUUGGUUCAUCGUCCUCAUCUUCGGAAUCCAAUUCGCCAUCAGGUGAAAAAUUCAUGUCUAGAUCUGAUUUUAUUCUUCAACAACAACAACAGCAGCAACAACAACAACAACAGAAUAUCUCUCAACAACGUAAAGCUUCUAGUCUUAAAACCAUCUCUGCCACGGCUGCACAACAGCCAUCGAAAAUUCUCUAUCCAAUCGACUUCGAAACCAAUAACAAUGAUCAAUCUUGGUACCAAAAACAAUCAUCUCUAUCCUCGACAUCAACACAUCAAAGCAAGGUUCCCACGUCCGAUUCGGGUAUUGUCAUAGAUACGAAUGUUACUCGACCAACAUCGAAUGCGAGUAUCGAAGAAAAUGAUGCUGAUGGUAUUCCUAUUGAUCUAACGAACAGUGGCAAAUUAAAACAAUACGAAAGUAACUAUCGAAAGACAUUAGCUGAUUUAACUAUUAUCAAGAAGAAUAUUGUUGAUAUUGAAAGUCGUCUCAGUGAAGCCAUGCGAGAGAUCAUUCGACAUUUACAGUUGGAAAUCGAACGUGCUUUAGUCGAAGGUGAACACGAAUUGGUCUUCAAGCAAAUUUUAGACGACAGCGAAAGUGACCAAGAAAAAAUCCGACAUUUAUAUAAUGAUUUACAGUUACUAACCGAACGUAUUAUGUCCGAAAAAGCAUCUAUUCGUAAUGAAAUUGAAUAUACACAACAGAUACUGUAUAAACUUGAAUAUGAAUUACGUGAACUCGAAGAACAAUAUCGCCCGUCGGAUGAUAAGAUUCUCAAGAAGAAAGAAUUGCUGGUUGAGACACGACGAAAGCAUGAAGAUCUCGAAUUUCAAUUAAUGGAAUUAGAAACACGUUGCGAAGCUGAACUCGAACAAGCCGAAGAACAAUUUCAACACGAACAAAUCGUCGUAGCACAGAACUCCAAACUUCGACAGAAUACAUUGCGCGAUCUGGACCAUCAACAGAAUAUUAUCUUACAUCAAGUUAUUAUCGAAAAAGAAAAACUCGAACGAGAAAAACAGAAAUUGAAAUUAUUAUUCAAACAAAAGAAACUUGAAGCUAACGAGUUAGAACAAAAACUCAAUGGAUUAUCAUCGAUUGUAAAUCAAGAAAAGAAACAUCAUGAAAAUAGUCAUCAAUCUUCGAACGAUGUUUGGCUAAAUGGAAAUUCAGUUAUGUAUCAUUCAUCUCCAUCGAAUCUUUAUAGUACAUUGAAUUAUCCGGAUAAUCCUUCGUCAGCCAAGACGAAUAUCAAAGAUAAUCAUCAGGCGAAAUUGGACGAGAUCAAAGGAAUGAUUGCGGUUGCUAAACUGGAAAAAAUGUCAAUUCUUGAACACCAAUUACGCGAACGUUAUGAUGAACUUGUUCAAUCUCAUGAUGAACAUGCCAAACGUGUUGAAUUAGAGCAAAAAUUAGCUAAUGAAAUGCACAAUCGAAGUCACCUGAUCGAUCGUCAAGUCAAAUUACGUGAAAAGAAUCGAAUGCAGGAACGUCCACUGACGCGUUAUUUACCAAUUCGCUCCGUUGAUUUUGAUCUACGUGCUCAUAUUGAAGGUGCUGGUCAUUUAUUAGAUUCAUCUCAUAUUCAUGUGACCUCGACAUCAUGUCGUGGUUUUCUUCUCAAAAUGGGUGGAAUGAAAUUCAAAACGUGGAAUCGCCGUUGGUUUGUUUUUGACCGCAAACGUCGUUCAUUAUUUUAUUAUCAGGAUAAAACGGAAAGUAAACUACGUGGUUGCAUUUAUUUUCAAUCGAUCCUUGAAGUUUAUGUCGAUCAUCUACAAUCGAUUUCAUUACGCUCACCGGAACCACGUGAAGCAACUUUUAUCGUUAAAACCAUCGAACGACCUUAUUACUUAGUUGCACCAACGGUUGAAUCUAUGCGUAUUUGGGUUGAUGUUAUCAUCACUGGUGCUGAAGGAAAUACAUUUGCUGGAGAAAGCUAA